AACCAAAACAGACGCCAAAGACACUGAAACCGAAGAAGGUGCUCUUCAGGCAGAACUACAUGACCUCUGUGCUGGCAGUGAGACAGAAGGCCUGGGUGGUUUUCUACAUCGGGACAGGAGACGGGCAGCUCAUUAAGCUUGCUGUGGACAAGAACUAUCACACCACCUGUCCCAGAGUGCUCUACAGGGCCAAUGACGACCGCCAAGUGUUUCCCAAAAUACAGCUGGACCAGGUGGAUCAUAAACAUGUGUAUGUGCCAUUUAAAAACCAGAUGAAGCGUGUACCUGUGUCAAAGUGCAGCACAUACACAAAUGUGCAGGACUGUUGGUCUGCACAGGAUCCAUACUGUGUCUGGUGCGGCUCUAAAAGAAGUUGCACAUUUGAAGACGAAUGCCAAGAUUCAGACUGGUUAUCCAUUCCUGAUGAUUCUCAACAGAAAAUGGUUUCAUAUAAAGUUGUAAAGGACAGCACUGGGCAGAUCACACUUAACAUCAAGACACACAUGACUGUGGGCCAGAAGACGCUGUCUAACUUCGCCUGUCAAUUCUCCACAAGUUCCCGUGAGCUUUGUAGAACAGAAAAUCCUCCUCCGCAGUUCCAACAAUGCACCUGUGUCCUCUCUGAUAGCACACUUCCUGCUGAAGGUCUGGCGGUCACUGUAACAAUUAGACUUGGGACGACACAGCUGUUGGAACAACUGAAGCUUACCAACUGUACAGACAUCAGGGGACCACCAACCUCAGUCCUGUGUCAGCAGUGUAUCGAGGCUGGAUGUGGCUGGAGCACAAACGGUUGUUCCUGGGCGACUGAAGGAGUUAUGAAAGACAGUGUUUGCCAAAUGAUGGAAUCAGGGAUGACGUUUUCUAGGCCAGAGAUCUCCUCCAUCACUCCCAGCGUUGUGUCUUUCUACGGCAGAAACCGUGCGAUGUUGUCAGGUUCUAACCUCAGUGAUGUGACCAGAGUGAGGAUCCAGGCUAAGGAUUGCACCCCAAAAGAAUCUCCUGUGUGGAACAACUCGGGUAUGAAUCUGAUGUUCCACAUUCCCCCCGCUGAUAUCAAAGGCGUGGUCAAAGUAUGUGUUGUCCUCCCAGAUGGUAGUUGCCAUGGCAACUCUAAAAUCACCUACCGGUCCUUACCUUCCUGCACCAACAUCACACCCAGCAGCACCUGGAUCAGUGGGAAGAGGAGGAUCACACUCACUGGAUCCCACCUGGAGUUUGUGGAAGGGGUUGUGCACAGCCACGCCCUGCAGGAAGUCAGACCUCCCAGAAACCACACCCAUCAGAAAAAGGCAGACCCCACCAACACUGCAGAUGACAGUGGGGAGAGUUGUCAGUGUGGGGCGUUCAGGGAGGUGAACAAUUCCCCCCUGCCCACUCAAUGGAAGCCCAAAGAAACCCGUAACGAGACUGAGCCUUCUUUAUAUCCACUCCCUCCUUUCAACCAGAGCGCAAAACCUGGCGCUUUUAACGCACCGACUCCCAGUGCAAAUGUGGAGGAGCAGAGUGCCAUGAAGACCGUCGAUGUCAAGGACGGAGACGACGUACGCAUCACCCAUAGACGGAAAAAGGCAGACCCCACCAACACUGCAGAUGACAGUGGGGAGAGUUGUCAGUGUGGGGCGUUCAGGGAGGUGAACAAUUCCCCCCUGCCCACUCAAUGGAAGCCCAAAGAAACCCGUAACGAGACUGAGCCUUCUUUAUAUCCACUCCCUCCUUUCAACCAGAGCGCAAAACCUGGCGCUUUUAACGCACCGACUCCCAGUGCAAAUGUGGAGGAGCAGAGUGCCAUGAAGACCGUCGAUGUGUGA